CGCCAACGACAGUCAGAAGCACUCUUCUGCUCUCCCUCUCACUCCACCCUCCCCAAUUACUGUCGAGCUCCUCGGCUUCCUAUCUUUCUCCUCACAUCUUUUAUAUUCCGCACAUGCGAUAAUGCUGUCGCGGUCCUCUCUCAGCCGAAAUGCGCCCCGUGCGCUCCAGAAGCAGUGCUCUGCUGCCGGCAUCAACAGCCGUCGAAGCCUGGCCUCUGCUGCGACCCCAGGCCUUCAGUACGAUGUCACUGAGGCUGCUGGCGUGAAGCUCGCCAAUAGAGAAAUAGCAGGCCCUACAGCAACCCUGGCGUUGGUUGCAAAGGCCGGGCCCCGUUACCAGCCUUUCCCUGGGUUCUCCGACGCUCUCGAACAAUUCGCCUUCAAGUCCACACUCAAACGGUCGGCGUUGCGGAUCAACCGGGAGGUUGAACUGCUCGGCGGUGAAGUUUCUUCGACACACUCGCGUGAAAAUGUUGUCCUCAAGGCCAAAUUCCUCUCGAACGAUCUUCCCUACUUUGCCGAAUUGCUGGCAGAGGUUGCUUCUCAGUCAAAGUUUGCAGCCCACGAAUUGAAUGAGGUCGUCAUCAAGCACCUCAAACUCAGACAACAAGCCCUUGCCGCCAGCCCUGAGCAGCAGGCUGUCGAUGCUGCCCAUGUUCUGGCCUUCCACCGCGGCCUGGGUGAGAGCAUUACCCCUUCUACCACUACUCCUUUCGAGAAAUACCUUUCGGCUGAAGCUCUCGCCGAGUUCGCCCAGCAGGCUUAUGCCAAGUCCAACAUUGCCCUUGUUGGUAGUGGCUCGAACUCUGCUGACCUGUCCAAGUGGGUUGGCCAGUUCUUCAAGGAACUCCCCAGCUCUGGCAGCUCUGGUCAGUACCAGCUCCAUCCCGGCACAACUUCCAAGUACCAUGGUGGGGAGCAGCGUAUCUCUUCCAAAGCCGGUAACGCUGUUGCCAUUGCAUUCCCUGGAUCCGCCGCUUUCGGCACUUCUGGCUACAAGCCUGAGGCUUCUGUUCUUGCUGCCCUCCUCGGUGGUGAGACCACUAUCAAGUGGACUCCUGGCUUCUCCCUCCUGGCUCAGGCUACUCAGGGCUUCUCCCAGGCCCGUGUCUCUACCAAGAGCCACACCUAUUCUGAUGCUGGCCUCUUCACUAUUUCGCUUUCUGGUAAGGCCGAUCAUGUUGCUUCAGCCAGCAAGAAUGCUGUGGAUGCCCUCAAAAAGGUUGCCGCCGGCGAAGUUGCUAGCGAAGACAUCAAGAAGGCAGUCGCUCUGGCGAAGUUCCGUGCUCUUGAGUCGGCUCAGAAUCUCGAGACUGGUCUUGAGGCCACUGGCUCUGCUCUUCUCAGCGGCGGCAAGCCUUACCAGAUCGGCGAAAUCGCCCAGAGCAUUGACGCCGUUACGGAGGCCCAGGUUACGGAUGUCGCAAAGAACUUCCUCUCUGGCAAGGCCUCCGUCGCCUCCGUCGGAGAUCUCUUCCAGCUCCCUUACGGCGAGGACCUUGGUCUGACCGUUUAAAAUGUAUACAAUACAUAUUAGACUGUCUGCAAAAAAACAUCACCCCCUUCUCUUGUGUCUAGAUCAGUCUUCGCAGAUAUUUCCUUUGUGACGUGGUUGUGGUUGUGUGACUGUAAUACAAUUGUACCUUAUCCAAUUCUCUUCACAUUGCCGUGUAGUAUGGGUUCAUGUGCUCUAUUGCGACUUCUAGAGUUUCCCCCCAGGAGAGUUUAAUCGGGUAAAAUUUAGGCCCCUGGGCUGCCGUUGUGGUGUUGACGUUAUUGUAACGAUAUGGAAGGCUACGGAAAUCAGUAUAAAUUUAAAGUAUACAGUCGAUUAUCUAUCGUGCCCAUAGCUAGGAG